CAAAUUUGUUAUUGUUUUACGCACGCGUACAAUCAUUUCAAAAUAUGGAAAAUUUUUGUUUACUCUCCCGAAAUUUGACCAUAAUUUUUCGCUUGAAAACGUUUGUAGAGUGGUAUUAUUUUCGUUUUAAAUCAACGUCCUAAACAGUAAUUGUGCUCCAGCAUGAAGUUAAACAUAGCGUACCCCGCGACUGGGUGUCAAAAGCUCUUCGAAAUCGUCGAUGACCACAAGGUGAGGAUUUUCUACGACAAACGAAUCGGUGCAGAAGUUCACGCCGAUCCCCUGGGCGAAGACUGGAAAGGUUACGUAUUUAAAAUUACGGGCGGUAACGACAAGCAGGGUUUUCCUAUGAAACAGGGAGUCUUAACUACGGGACGUGUGCGUUUAUUAUUAUCGAAAGGACACACUUGCUACCGUCCUCGUCGUGAAGGCGAACGGCGACGUAAAUCAGUGCGCGGUUGCAUUGUCGACUCAAACUUGAGCGUUCUAUCGUUAACCAUCGUUCGUAAGGGUGACGCGGAGAUAUCGGGCCUGACCGAUAAGACUAUGCCCCGUCCGUUGGGUCCGAAACGUGCGAAUAAAAUACGGAAAUUGUUCAACUUAAAUAAACAGGACGACGUACGUCAGUACGUUGUUAAACGGCCGCUGCCACCGAAGGAAGGCAAGAAGCAGAGAUUUAAAGCGCCCAAAAUACAGCGGCUCAUUACACCUCGAAACUUGCAACGCAAACGUCACAUGUUGGCGCUGAAGAAGCGACGUUGCCUGAAGCGCAAGGAGCAAUUAAAUGCGUAUAAAAAGUUACUGGCGCAGCGACACAAGGAAAUGAAGUUGAAGAAAAAGGAGUUAAAGCGGCAGCGUAGUUCGAGUUCACGUGAGAGCAAAUCUAGUGCUGGUAGUACUUAAAGGUGGCGUAGUUUGUUAAUUAAAAAUUCUAUAUUUUAGAGUAGGUAGUGGGUAAAAUUAGAAGUCCUUUUAUUGUUAUAUAAGUAUUGUUGAUCUCAACAUCCCAAAUAGUUAUUUAUGGUUUCUUAUUGUGGUGGGGUGUCAAUUUUUUGUUUAAACUAAUUCCACUGUAGUGAUAAACUGUAAUUUGUAAUAAAGUCUUUAUGCACUAGCACUCUAUGUCUGUAAUUUUGUUACUUACAUGUAGGUGCAUAUUUGUCUCUAUGUAU